ACACACAGGGCCUAUUAACUGAGAAAAGGUGGAGCGAUGAGAAAAAGAGAGAGGGGGGAUGGGGUAGGAAGAAAAAGGAGGUGAUUGUUGGGGAGUUUGAGAGAGUGUUUAUAAAGAAAGAAUCAGCACGAGAGUGAAGGAAAGACGAUAUUAAAACAUAUUGUUUGUUUUCGGGAUCAUAUGAUAAUACUCUCUUUCCGACUGAUAAAUUAAACAGGAAUCAUGCUGGUGUGUGGACGUGCUCUCAUUCUUCUCCUCAUCACCAACUUGCUCAACCACUCCUUUGUGACAUCAUCUCAGAAUGCCACUCGACCCCGUUUCCGCCUGUCUGGAGGCUCGAUGGAUUACUACAGUCUAUACGAAGACAUCUCCACUGAUCCUCCGAGCUCAUCUCCUAUUGACUCUGAAUAUCCUGAACCCAAUGAAUGUCUCUAUGACAUGUGCAUGGAGCAGCAGGGAACCUGCAGAGAUCUAACAGUCGCAACAGGUUGCCUUUGCCCUGGGCUGAGCGGAACUCAAAUUCCCCCAAGUCCACCGCGCAUCGUGAAGGUAACUCGAGAGGAUGGCAAAGGGGUUGAGGUACACUGGUGCGCUCCUACCUCCAUAGUAACCCAUUACAUUGUCUCGGUGGAAGGCAAAAAUAAAGUGAUGGAGAGGAACCUAAAGGUGAAAGACAAGAAGAGAGCGGCUGUAUUGGUGGAUGUGGCAGCCGGUGAGAUUGUUUGCGUGGAGGCUGUGAAUAAGGCUGGCGUUAGUGAAAAGGAUAGCCAAUCAUGUAUGACAUAUGAACCCCAAACUUCAGACUCUGGACUUGCAUUGAAGCUGGAGAUAAUAGGGGGUGUGGUGGGACUUCUGGUGGUGUUGAUUGUAGCAGUACUGCUGUGGAGGCACAAAAAACAUCAGAGAUCAACUGCACGAAGAGAGAACUCAGAGGGAGUUUUCUGAAAGACAGAAGUAUAUACAGACUCAUGGAACAGAGUAUGUGUGUGGCCAAAUAUGUCCUAUCACAGAAGACAUGAGGAUCAGUAGAUGUAUACAACGCAUAAGUGUAUUAAAAGAGUGCGUGAGUGUAUGAAUGACACAAUGAACAGGGACAAAAAGGAGAGGGGUGCAGAAAAGGUUGGUUAGUGACUCAGCACAUUCCUCUCAUGGGGGUGUCAGUGUCUAACAAUGUGAUUUAGGGGAGACACAAACCACAGAGUAAUGUGUAUUGACACCAGUCACAGCCACUAUUUACAGUCCUAUGGAGCGAAAAUUGUGCCUAAAUUUAACAAACAAAUCCAGCAUUUUGCAAACAAACGCAACCUUUUUUGCAAAAGAAACUAAACUCUGAAACAAACAGAAAGCGUUUUACAAAUACAUAAUGCAAUUCGAGAGAAAAUGCAAAGGUGUAACAUAUAAAUGUACUGUGUUUAAGUCUCACCUUUUUAUGAGAUUCUCUCAGAUUGAUUUUCUCACAAAUGCGACGUCCAGAUUUUCUCACAAAUGUGAUCGUCCAGAUUUUCUCACAAAUGUGAUCGUGCAGAUUUUCUCACAAAUGUGACCGUACAGAUUUUCUGAGUUAUGCAACUUCUCCCAAAACAGCAGAUAGUUCAAUUGUUUGACUUAGAUUUAUAUUAGUGUUUUUUUGUGCUGGUUUAUUUUAUUGCAAAAAUUGCCCAAAUAGCUUGAAAUAGCCAAAAAAAAUAGCAGCAUUCAUUUUAAACCUAAAUAGGCUAAUGGCAACCAAACAAAGCCGACGACUGACUGAAACAACUGCCACGAUGAUUUAUUUGCUUUUCCAUGUUUUAUAGCCUAGAAAGCUCUCUACUUUAAUGCCAUAGUGUUUAGACAUAAUGUUAAAUACUUUUUAUCUAUGAGUUGUUAUGUAUAAAAGUCAAACAUAUGUAUCAGUGCAACUUUCAUGCAGAAAAAUCACUAAAAACCGAGUCGCAUCUCAGAAAGAGCGCAAAAUACUAUACUGAAAUCUUACAAAAAAAUGACAUAUAAAAAUAUAAAUAAAUAUAAAUCAGGCCCGGUUCCUGCCAGGUGCAGAAGUGUGGACUUGCAGAUAUCCUGGGUGGGGAUAUACCCCAACCGCACAGACAGUAUAGCUGCAGACAAAAUUAAGAGUCCAUUUAAAAAGUAUUUUCCUCUUUUUCUGAUAAGAAUGUGAUUUGGUAAAAUGAUAAUUUUUGUUUAUUUCCGUGAACUUUUGACAACAUUUCUCCCAAAUUUCAUAUAAUUUAUUUUUAUUUAUUUGUAGAAAAUGGGUGAAAACUGGUGAAAACAGAAAAGAUGAUCUGCAUUUUUAAAACAGAAACACAAAAACAAGUUCAUAUUUAGUUUUAAGCAACACAAAACUAAGAAAACGUUAGAAAACGUAAAAAAAUGUUUUAUGAAAUAACCCAGAUUUUUUUUAAAUUAGUUUGUUAUCGUGCUCAGUCACUCUUGAGGUUUGCUUUUGUUGGAAUUCAACAAACACUGCAGUAUAUGACUGCAAUACAUGCAGGAUUUAAAUGAUUUAUUUUUAUAUAAAUAUAAAAAACAGACAACAUUUCAUUGAUGUUUUACACCUUAAAUAAAGCGGUUAUGUAAACUGGACAUAAAUAGAAGCCUACAAAAUAAAGUGGGCUAAGAACAUUCCCCAUUCACUGAACGAUCACUGAUUUCUGUUUAAUUUCUUUUAAUGAAUUGAAUGAAUUAAUCUGAUUACACUGCACAAUGAACUUUACAUCGUGUCUGCUGUUUUUUAUGUGGUAUCGUGAGCGCGCAUCGCGCCUAAACUGAACUAUUUUGCACAUUGUUUCGCUACCACCUGCAGAGUGAAUUGGGGUGUUUGAGAUGGAGAGAAACAGAUUUAUUUCUGAAGCGGGAGCUUCGGAAGAUGGAGCUUUCAGUCAUUACUGAAAGUCAAUAGGUUAAAAUCUAGCCUAUAUAUUGCAAGCAAAUAAUAGCUGUUUGUUAACAGCACAAAAUAAGACCGCAAAAACGAAGAAAUGAAUCUGAUUUUACUGCACAAUUAAUUUGACAUGCUUAAUUUUACAUAUGUGCAGUGCAUCUAAAAUUCCUUUGCACAGUAUUUUGCUUCCACCUGUAGCAUGUAGCAUGCUUCUCUGUUACAAACUAAAGCCAGAGCAGUGAAGUGAAGAGUGACGUUGCUUUCAGCCAAUAGAAAAUACAACAAUUUUUGGUGUUAUUUUUUGAUUCUCAUUGGGUGGGCAAGACAGAUGUUUAGGGGGAUUCAGCCCACCCCUGCCCAUGCCUAGAGCAAGCCCUGAUAUAAACACAAAAUUAUGUCAAAAUUCCCUUAUAAGAAAGUAUCCUUGAAAAAGUAGUUUGUUUUGUGAACGUAAUCAGUUGGGAAACAAGA